AUGGCCGGUCCUGUACACUAUGAUUCGUCCGCCUCUUCCUCAUCGCGUCCGCUGAAUAGCGGCGCCGGCAACAGCAACAGCAAUACAGACCCCGCCGAUCGAGACGAAUUGGACUUCUGGAGCGAAGACGAAGACGUCGCCGAUGUCCUGAUCGAGGACCCGAUACACGAGGACCUCGACGAACCCCUAUCUUUCAAGCGAAAACAGAAACAAAACGCUCUCUCAGCUCCGAGCCGCCUCCUAUCCGCCUUCACCGGUUCGCGAUCAGGCACUGCCUCCCCUCACUCCUCGCCGCGAGCGCGAACGCCUACCCACGAUCCAAACCGAUCACCUCGGAGAGCAGGCGCACAUGGCCUUACGAGCCAGGUUACCAAAGAUGGCGCGCCGCUAGAUUGGUACGUGGAAGGGCCGGGAAGGAGAGUGGGAUACGAGGAUUUGACGGCCAUCGAUUGGAUUUUCGAAUACACAAAGGAGCGUCAGCGUCUGCGCGUCCUCCAUUCAGGGGCGCAAGGGCUGCUUGGGCUUUUCAAGCAGCUCGUAGAUGCCAGUGAGGUCUGGAUCAUUCUGAUCUUGACUGGCAUGGCUGUUGGCGCUGUUGCUGCUGGCAUCGACAUAACCACCGACUGGCUUGGCGACCUGAAAACAGGGUACUGCUCCAGCGGCCCAGAAGGAGGCGCAUUCUACCUGAACAAGAACUUUUGCUGCUGGGGUUACAACGAGAUGUCAAAGUGCGGCGGCUGGACACCCUGGGCGAAGGCUUUGGGGGUUUCUUCCGGCGGUGGAAAGUGGUUCAUAGAGUACUUCUUCUUUCUUGUCCUUUCUGUCAUUUUGGCAUCUGCCGCAGCUAUGCUAGUCCAGGAGUACGGAAUGUAUGCCAAACACAGCGGUAUACCCGAAAUCAAGACGGUGUUGGGUGGUUUCAUUAUCCGAAGGUUUCUUGGCAGCUGGACUUUGAUCACCAAGUCAUUAGGUUUGUGUCUUGCGGUUGGUUCAGGCAUGUGGCUAGGCAAAGAGGGACCUCUGGUUCACGUUGCAUGUUGUUGCGCCAAUCUCUUUAUCAAGCUCUUCAAGAACAUCAACGACAACGAGGCUCGAAAAAGAGAGGUUCUCUCUGCUGCUGCCGCCUCUGGAAUUUCGGUCGCUUUUGGCUCGCCAAUCGGAGGAGUGUUAUUCAGUCUAGAGCAACUCUCAUACUACUUUCCGGACAAGACCAUGUGGCAGAGUUUCGUCUGUGCCAUGACUGCUGCCGUCGUUCUGCAGGCAUUUGAUCCGUUCCGCACCGGGCAGCUUGUCAUGUACCAAGUCAAAUUCAGCACGGGAUGGCACGGCUUUGAACUGAUUCCGUUUGUCUUCCUUGGCAUCCUUGGUGGAAUAUACGGUGGCCUCUUCAUCAAAGCGAACAUGGCCGUAGCACGAUGGAAGAAGAACACGCCGUGGCUACCAGGGCCCAUUACUCAAGUCGCUGCGAUCGCCCUUCUGACGGCGCUCAUCAACUAUCCCAACCAUUACAUGAAGUUCCAGACGUCGGAACUUGUCUCCAACCUAUUUGUCGAGUGCUCCAAGUACGUCGACGACCAAAUCGGUCUCUGUAAGACUGGGGCCGCAUCAGCACCAACUAUUGUUCUUCUGAUAUUUGGGGCUAUCCUUGGUUUCUUCCUCGCCACCAUCACGUUCGGCCUUCAGCUACCUGCUGGCAUUAUUCUGCCUUCAAUGGCUAUUGGAGCUCUGACGGGCAGAGCCGUGGGUAUCAUCAUGGAGAUCUGGGUAACGAACCACCCAACGUUCUUCGCAUUUGCCUCCUGCGAACCAGAUGUUCCUUGCGUAACACCGGGAACAUAUGCCAUCAUUGGUGCUGCAGCUACGCUUGCCGGCGUCACUCGAAUGACGGUCUCAAUUGUUGUCAUCAUGUUCGAGCUCACAGGAGCUCUGACCUAUGUACUGCCCAUCAUGAUCGCUGUCAUGCUGUCUAAAUGGGUGGGAGAUGCGUUUUCCCGGAAGGGAAUUUACGAAGCAUGGAUCCACUUCAAUGAGUAUCCCUUCCUGGAUAACAGCGAGGAGAUGGUCAUCCCCGAUAUCCCCGCCUCGCAAAUUAUGACUCGCAUCGAAGACUUGGUUGUGCUCACCGCGACGGGCCAUACUAUUGGCAGCUUAAAGAACAUUCUCGACACGCACACCUACAGAGGGUUUCCUGUUAUUUCAGAUCCCCGUGAAGCCAUUCUGCUGGGAUACAUCUCCCGUGCAGAACUCACCUACAACUUGCAAAUGUGUUCGCAGCCACCGCGAUCGCUUCCGCCAGAGACGGAAGCCUUCUUCUCUCACCAGCCCCUCGCAGACCCACGUACGACGCUUGAUCUUCGACCGUGGAUGGACCAGACGCCCAUCACUAUGGCGUCAAGGUCUAACCUGCACCUUGCCGUCAGCUAUUUUCAGAAGCUCGGCCUGCGCUAUGUUCUGUUCAGUGACCGCGGUGCUUUACAGGGUCUCUUGACCAAAAAGGACGUGUGGUACGUUCUCAAUGGCGCAGAGGAGACGCGGCGGACGAGUGGGUUGUCGAGAGAUAUGGGUGUCGAGACCGGCCUCACGAGAGAGGGCGGCGGUGGCGAGCAUCAGGGUCUGUUAAGGGAUGACGGGCAUGAGGAGGGAAUUAGUCCUGCAGAAGAUCGGGGUCCGAUUUUAUAA